AAAUAAUAAUUCACUCUGUCAAGUGCGAUCGACCCUGUUGGUCGCUGUGUUAAAAAAUUACAAAAAAAUGUGUUCUAUUAUAGUAAAUCGUAAAUUGUUUAAAUAAUAUGAAUAACAAAAAAUAUAAAAACUUAAGAUUAUAUCUACUGGUCUCAUGACCACUUAAGAUUUUAAUUCGGGAGCUAGAAACGUAAAGCAAAUGGGUGACGUUGUUAGUUUAUUUUCUGUGUUAAUAAUGAAAUUAAAAUCUAAAUUCAAUGAGAGUAAAGUUAAUUUUCAUCUUGAUCUACCAUGGGAGAAACUGAAGAGGGUGAAAUGGAUGAAUGAGAGAGCUACUUCGAACAGGGCGUAUGUCCCAACAAAGGUGGAGAAUGUAGCUAACGUUUGCACGCACGCUUUAUGCGUGGCGCCUGCUUCGUUCGGUGCGCGGGAGCUCCUCACGCGGUCUGCUAACGCUCCACAAGCCAUCGCCGCGGUUGUCUAUGGUCUCGCCCUAUGCCUGCUCUUCGCCGUGUCCACCACCUUCCAUUCAGUAUGCUGCUGUAGAUCUGACACGAAAAUGAAGCACUUCCUCCACCGCUGCGACCGCGCUAUGAUCUACAUCUUCAUCGCUUCAUCUUACUUCCCGUGGCUAACAGUCGGCACGCUGUCCUGUUGGAUGCUACGGGAGCUACGCUGGGCUAUCUGGCUACUGGCUGUGUUGGGCAUCACGUAUCAACAGAUCUUCCACGAGAGAUAUAAGAUGCUGGAGCUAUUGUUGUACCUCGUCAUGGGGCUGGGGCCCGCAGCCAUCAUCCUCACAUCCAAUCAUCAGUUCCCCGCGAUGAACGACCUGCUGGCCGGGGGGGUGCUGUACCUCAUCGGCGUCUUCUUCUUCAAGUCUGACGGCCGAGUGCCCUUCGCCCACGCCAUAUGGCACGUGUUCGUCGCCCUCGCAGCCUCCGUGCACUACCUGGCCAUACUGCGAAAUCUCUUCCCCGAACUCAAAACGCAAUGAACUAAGCUGGACUUAGGUAACCCUCCAGGGCCCCGGGGUAACACGUGAAAAUAUUUCGAAUGAAAAUUUUCAUGUGAUCAUCGCGUGACAAACGCGGGGAGACAUUAGGGUUUUGUUAGAUAAUAUGGUUUUAGGAAGAUGGGGACCUAUGAAAAAUCUUUUGCCUAGAGGCGCCGAGGGUUAAUCCGGCCCUGCCAAUGAAGACUGCCCAUUUAACCUAUUGAAUCUCGACUAUUUUAGCUCUCUAGCUAUACUUGUAUCCUAAUUCGAUCGCAAGGCCGCAGAUUAUAAAGGGUAUUGUUAGAUUUGCGGGCCGUCCCGUGAAUUGAUCCUUAGUACAGUCAACUUCAUAUCAAGUUACCUGGUAAUAGAGGCGAAUUUUCAAUUAAUUUAGCUAAGUUGAUGUGCUGUUGACCGUAUACAUUGUCGGUUCGGUAUCAUAUAAAUAAACUUAGAUGUGAAUAUGUAGCGAAUUAAAUUUGACAGCGCGUUUCAUAUUGCCCGAUUAAUAUUCCUAUAAUAUUAUGGAUCGAUCGUAUUCGUAAGUCUCGAUCUUACCCUAUAUAUUUAUUAGUGUUUGGGAAAACUUAAAACGCGGUUUAUAGGAAGUAGAUCGAUAGGCAUAUUUAAAACAUGCGUCUGUUUUAGCCGUUGUUGGACGGCACCGUGUGUCCGGAAUUAUUAAUUGGCAGCGGGCUAGAACGCGCUCGGCCAAAUAAACAAUGUUCCAAUAGGGAUGUUGCCUUAUAUUGAAACUAUCGUGUAUAUAGUUAAGUAAAUAGGUAUUGUACGAAAAUUUCAUUUGAAAUUAAGUUUAAACUAGCAACUGUCGCUUAUUAUAUCUCAAAUAAAGCCGUCAUCGUGGCUGUGUCUACCCCGUAAGGGAUAAAUACGUAAUGUAUUUACCCCUUACGGGAUUGUGUCUGUGUGGAAAUGAAGACAAGUUAAACAUUGUAAAAUUAGUCCAAUCUCUUUCGCGUAAAACGAAGCCUUUUAAGUUUUAUGGCGAUAGCAGUCGAUUAUUGACCAUGAGAUGGUCAUAUUUUAAUUCCAAAUUUUGUACCUCUUUACCUCUUUCAUUAAAAAUAUAUGAACUACUAACUACGACAAUUAAUACAAAACAAAAUGUAGUUUUUUAGGCGUGAUGUGGGUGCAAUGCGUGCACUUGUCGUGAACAUUUGGGCUUGUGGCAAGGGGCACAUUUUUCGUACAUACUCGUUUUAUUUAAUUACAAAUCAAUUUCUCUUCUUAUUUCUCAAAUGAAUAUGCUUUAAAUUAUUUUAAGAAAAAUAUGACAACAUCCCUAUAAUCUGUAUAUUUUGUAAUAUAUUGUUACUGAUUGUAUUGUUGUAGUCGUAUCUCUUGAAUCUCGAGACCAAUCCAACCCUUUUAGAGUACCUAUAUGAAGUAUUGGGGUUUUUAGAAACUUUUAUACCUAUACUUAUACGAAUCCAGUUUUUUCAACGAGAUUUUUUAUACACCUCAAUGUGAAUUUUCUAUAGAAUAGUUGGUUAUACAUUUUAGCGAAGCUAGUUCUUGUACAGUCAACGACAAAAGAAGUUGAUCAACUCGUUUGAUCCAGCAGGUACAGUGAAAGGUAAAAUUGCCCUAGUCGUAUACCAACUUAUGUCGUUGAUGGUACCGUCUUGUAAAUCUUAUCAAAUAGGGUUUAAACGUAUCGAUUAUCGGGUUUUCAAUAGAAUCUUUCUUACUCCACGGCGUUCCGUUAAUUUUACAUAUUUAUUCCUUAGAUUUUUUAAGAAUUGCUCAAUCGUGUGUGUGAUUUUUUGCUAGACUUCCAUAUGUAUCUAAUGUACCUAUACGAUAGGGCGGACGUACCUAUUCGGGAACUUAUAACGUUGGUUUGUUCGGAACACUCUAAUUUUCAAGGCCACUAGGACUGAGUAACAAUUCCGUAAAAAUAUUCCAUUCAUAAAAUUCAUAUUUAUUUCGUAAUAAUUUUCUCAUGAGUACGAGUAAAUGCUUGCAUGCUUUAAGGCUGAUGGAAAACACUCGGGUGACAGAUAAAUAAAAUUCGAACCAUUUUGAAUUGAAUUAAUUCAUGCAAGCUUUUACACGAUCGGUGUGGCCGUAAGUAUCGAUAUAUAUGAUUGGCAGCUACGUAUGCAUAUCUGCAGGCGAACAAAAGCUGGUUGUCCGGAAAGUAGGCCGCGCCGGAUACAAUCCCGACUCUAAAUGGACAUUUAAUUUCAUGCAGAAUCGUUUUCAAUAACCGCUCACUGUAACCUUUCGAACAGAGACGUGUGUGCUCUAUGGUUAAGAUGCCUUUCUUGUCUAUGUUGCCAUUAUUGAGGCCAAUUUCACCACAGGCUAUUUUUUUUCAAUAGGUUUAAAUAGAAUGCUAUACGCACUUGUUUUUUAGAUUUGAUAAUUUAUAAAAAAAUCUUAUUUGAAUUGUUUAUAUGGAUAAUUAAUUAAUAAUACUCGUGUGUGUUUUUAAAAUAAAAUUUUAAGAGUUGUUUAUUGAGUUUAAUGGAUUUCCAUAAUAGUCAUUCCUAAAAGCGUUUUAACCGCUGCGGCCGCUCUGUCUUUACAAUCCGUCAAUUUUCUUAAAGAAGGGAUUUCUAAAAUGAAAUAUUAAUAAAAUUUACAUUAUGUAUAGGCAAUUAUUUCAUAAAUACUGGUUAUUGAAUGGAUUCUUGUCUAUUAUUGGAAAAACGUAAUGAAAGCGUGGCCGCGGCGUUCGGAUCGCUUGUAGGAACGACCUAAUAUUUUAACUUUUUAUUGUUGAUUAAAUAUUAUUUAAAUUAAAAAAAAA